AUGCUGGCUGGGUCAGCCGCGGGGCCCGGAUCCUCGCCCUCGCGUAUCCUCGUCCUGCUUCAGGAAGUUGACCGCUGGGAUCCGCUCUCUGCGCGUAGCGCGCCACGGGCUCAAAGUCAGAAAAUGAGAUACAAGACUUCCUUGGUGAUGAGGAAAAGAUUACGGCUUUACCGAAACUCCCUAAAAGAGUCUAUACUUCAAGAGAAUGCUGCAUCUGGGAAGGAGCUCCAUGGGGCCAGGUUACUAUCGGUGAAUUUGGCUGAAUCAGACAUAUCUGCCCUUUCGCUGUUGGCACAAAAAGCCACGCACAUGUUCAAAGUUUUUCAAGGGUUUAUUUCCUCCCGCCGACCCCCACCCCAAGACUGUAGAGCCUCAGCCUGGGAGGGCGUCCGGCGAAAGGAGGCCGUGGGCCCGCAGUCCCUUUCACAGCCUGGGCUGGGAAACUUGGUGUCCACUCUUCUCAGAGCCCUAAGGGCUAGCGAGCAUAGACGCAGAGACUCCGGCCACUGGCAACAAGUGGAGGGAGCUGAAAGUGGAAGUGAUCGCGGUCCCGUUUCCCAGAGGCUCUGUUUGGCGUCAGGGUACAGAGCUCAAGACUGCAAAUUGACACGGGGAGACCCGGGGAUGAGGACCUGUUUCUCCUUGGAGCGUGCCCCUCGCCUCUGUUUCUUUGGCCAGCCGGCCCGCGGGGCGAAGGGGUUUGUGGCGGAGAGGAUUCUUAGCCCCUCUCGGGAGAGUGGCGUGGUCUGCAGUCCCUGGGUACAGCAGCCCCCUCCCCCCGCCUCUGGCUCCGGGGACAAACCCACCAAGCAGGCCGCCAUCCCCUCGCGCCCGGUGCUGCCCCGUCCGCAGGGCUGGACUGCCCGUCUAAUAACCCGAGUACUUUACGUGAACCUCACGGCGCCCCACGGUCCCGGUGCCUUCUUCCGCUACAUGCGCCAGCCGAUCAAACAGGAGCUCAUCUGCAAGUGGCUGGCAGCGGAUAGCCCCGCGCCCCCGCGCCUCUGCUCCAAAACUUUCAGCACCAUGCACGAGCUGGUCACGCACGUCACCGUGGAACACGUCGGCGGCCCGGAGCAGGCCAACCACAUCUGCUUCUGGGAGGAGUGUCCGCGCCAGGGCAAGCCCUUUAAAGCCAAAUACAAACUUGUAAAUCACAUCCGCGUGCACACGGGCGAGAAGCCCUUCCCCUGUCCUUUCCCGGGGUGUGGGAAGGUGUUUGCUAGAUCAGAAAAUCUCAAAAUACACAAAAGAACUCACACAGGGGAGAAGCCCUUCAGGUGCGAGUUCGAGGGCUGCGAGCGGCGCUUCGCCAACAGCAGCGACCGCAAGAAGCACUCGCACGUGCACACGAGCGACAAGCCAUACACGUGCAAAGUGCGCGGCUGCGACAAGUGCUACACGCACCCCAGUUCUCUGCGUAAGCACAUGAAGGUGCAUGGGCGCUCGCCGCCGCCGCCUAGCUCUGGCUACGACUCAGCCACGCCGUCUGCCCUGGUGUCGCCCUCAUCGGACUUCGGCCGCGACCCGCCGGUGGCCUCCUCGGCGGCGGUGGCGGCGCGUGGCGCCGACCUGAGUGAAUGGUACGUGUGUCAGGGCGCGGGCCCCUCCGCAACCGCCCCCGCCGCACCCCCAAAGCCCCAGCCACCACCUGGUCCCGCCGCUGCCGCUGCCGCCACCGCCUCCGGUUUUAGCGCUGCUGCUCUGGUUGCCGCUUCCGGUACACUGACUGCUUGUCUAGGCGGGGUUACUGAGUCUUGA